GCUGACUCGGCCGCCGCUGCGGUGUGAGGCGCGUGUUCGGGCCUUCGCCGUCCCCGCACCCGCACCGCAGCCCUGCCCCGCGGCCCGCCGCACCUCAGCUAGCCUCCGGGAGCCCACCCGCCACGGCCAUGCCGCGCGUCUACAUAGGACGCCUGAGCUACAACGUCCGCGAGAAGGACAUCCAGCGCUUUUUCAGCGGCUACGGCCGCCUCCUCGAAAUCGACCUCAAAAAUGGGUACGGUUUCGUGGAGUUCGAGGACUCCCGCGACGCCGACGACGCCGUUUACGAGCUGAACAGCAAGGAACUGUGCGGCGAGCGCGUGAUCGUAGAGCACGCCCGGGGCCCGCGCCGCGACCGCGAUGGCUACAGCUACGGAAGCCGCAGUGGUGGAGGUGGAUACAGCAGUCGGAGAACUUCUGGCAGAGACAAAUAUGGACCACCUGUUCGUACAGAAUACAGGCUUAUUGUAGAAAAUCUGUCUAGUCGCUGCAGUUGGCAGGACUUAAAGGAUUUCAUGCGGCAAGCAGGAGAGGUGACUUAUGCAGAUGCUCACAAAGAACGCACAAAUGAGGGUGUAAUUGAAUUUAGAUCCUACUCCGACAUGAAGCGUGCUUUGGAUAAACUGGAUGGCACAGAAAUAAAUGGCAGAAAUAUUAGGCUUAUUGAAGAUAAACCACGAACAAGCCAUAGGCGCUCUUACUCUGGAAGUAGAUCCAGAUCACGGUCUAGAAGACGGUCACGGAGUAGGAGUCGCAGGAGCAGCCGCAGUAGAUCUCGAAGUAUCUCAAAAAGUCGCUCCCGAUCUAGGUCGCGGAGCAAAGGUCGAUCCCGGUCCCGCUCAAAAGGCAGGAAAUCCAGAUCAAAGAGCAAAUCUAAGCCCAAGUCUGAUCGGGGUUCCCAUUCACACUCAAGAAGCAGAUCUAAGGAUGAGUAUGGGAAGUCCCGAAGUAGGUCACGUUCUCGGUCCCCCAAAGAAAAUGGAAAAGGAGAUAUAAAGUCAAAAUCCAGAUCCCGAAGCCAGUCUCGAUCCCAUUCACCUCUGCCUGCUCCACCUUCAAAGGCUCGUUCCAUGUCCCCUCCGCCAAAAAGAGCUUCCAGGUCCCGUUCUAGAUCUCGUUCAAGGUCCAGAUCAAGUUCCAGAGAUUAACCCUGAACUCUAUGUUCUUUGCACACUAUAACGGAACACUUUCCUACUUGCUUAGGCAGUUACUCUUCCGAGUUUGUACUUGGCCUCUUCUUCAAGAGGAUUUCCUGAAAAGGGAACACAGGAAUUUAAUUUGUGGCCAAAUUUAAUGAGAAACAGAUGAGGUUCUAAAAUGGUGGUAUGACGCCCUCUCCCUUCUUUUUAGAAUUAAGAUAAUUUUGAUUUUAUAGCCUUUGAGCCUAAAAUAACUUUUGUAAAGAUUAAGCUCAUUUAGAUUUUUUUUUUUUUAAAUAUUGCAGCAGAAUCUGCUGCAGGGUUCUGUUUUGUUUGUUUAUUUUUAAAUUAACUGUUUGAAGCUUUGGAUACUGCAGGCUUUAGAGGGAGAACCCAAUUUUUCAAUUAUGUUGGCUUUUUAUGAAGCUCAUUAAAUAAAAGUUUGCUACCAAGAUGAUUGCCUUAUUGAAUAGGUCACUACUAGGGCCCUUUAAGUGUUGAUACCUGCCAUUUCUGGAGACAGUGUAAAUUCCACUGAAGUGUAAAACUAAGGCAAGCCUCAGACCAGCAAUAAAUUAAUCAGUUUGGAUAACCUUAUUUUGUGCUGUUAAUCAAAUCUACCAAAGUUUUUUUUAUCUGCCCCUUUAAUAAGUUGAGUUAAAAGUAAAAGGGACUUUGUAGUUAGUGUCACAAGAUUUUGUCUAAUUAAUAGGUUUUUAAAUAAAUGAAACUAAAGGAUUACAAUUUGAACUCAAGAAGUAGGUCCUAGUACUUGGGAUCUUGUUAUCCUGUGUUCUGGAAGUGGUCAUCGUGAUUAGUGUUAGUGUAUAUGGUUUGGUGGUCUUUAAUGUUUGGAAAACAGAAGUAGCCUUUCUUUGAUUAGAAAUUUAGUUACCUUAUUCAAAGUGGAAAAGCGCAUAUGCUGUGUUUCUGCUGAAAAGUGAUUAUAUUUUAACAGGUGCUUAGCAGACUAUUUGGUAAGAUAUUUGCUGGUUAAAAUUCUUUCCAGCAAUCAGUCCUCACCGUAUUGGUGGGGCAUUUGUGGUUGGUUUGAAAAAACAGUGACAUGGAUAAGCUAAAAUGCUUUGUACUUUGUAAGUAAAGUAUAAUGAAUACUGUGGAAACCAAGUUAAAAUGAAUAGUGCAAACUUGUAGGAAUAACUGGAGUCACAGUUUCCAUGCAUCCAAAUGCCCAGUUAGUUGAGACUGCAAUCCAUAAGUGAAUUACCUUACAACCCUUUUCAUUGUUUGGACAUGUUAAAGUCAUUUCAUCCUAAAUACUUAACCUCAAGUCUUUAGUCAAGGUGUAGAUGAAUUGGCUAAGGUUUAAUACCUUCCUCAGCUGUUGCUACAUAACCUAGCAAAGGUUGGAUUAUAAUAAAACAUAGUGUUGUGGGGAUGGUGUGUGGGACUAAAUAAUCAGAAGACAUGGCAAUAAAAUGAGGCUGAGUGGAAAAAAUGGAUAUUCAAGGACCUAGAUAGGUGUCAGUAGCUGGGAAUACUUGGCAACAGGGAAAGGAGAAUGUUUUCAAGAAAUGUCUUUCUGUUACAGAAUCUUAGAGACUUAACUUUAGGAUAUAGUGUCAAAUAAAGCUGCUGCUUCAGUCAGUCAUCUUUCCUUUGAUGCUUUGUUUAGAUAAGUUUAUAAGAAAUAGGUUUAUUUUUCCAGUGUACAUUUCAGAAGUUAAAAUUGUUUCUGGUUGUAGUUUACUAUUUUGCCUGUUCAAAGACGGAAGUGAUGGCUCUUUAAGAAUUGGAUUUGACCAAAGUUCUUUGUUUUCAGGGAAAAAUAUAAUAAAAGCUUUCUGAGCCACAGCCUUUUAAAGAGGAAAGGCUAUCAGUAAAAUUUGACUCUUCUGACUGCACGCAUCUUCAGCUGGGCUUGCCGUCUGUUAAUGUAGUACAUGAUGGAGGCAUUUGACUAUUUCUAGCUGCCCCAAUAAGUAAUAUAACGUAUAGGUAAAUGCUAACGCCCGUAUAAUUUUCCUAGUGGGGGCAAAGGCUGUUUUAUUAAAACUCUAGGCCUAUUUCAUACCUGUAGACCCUAGUUAUUAAAUGCACUAAACAAACCACUGCAUUUCAAGUGUUGGCCUUAGCAGAAUUGACUGACUUAAAAUGUUUAGUUCCUUACUGACUAGUGAAUUCAGUUCCCUGCCAACCUAAUGCGCAGAAUCUAAGAGUCCCAUCUUGCACACAUUGGUUGAUGCCCUGGGUGGAGUAUCAGCAGCACCAACUGAUAAAAGAGCACAAGAGAAGUGGGGAACAUCUUGAGUCCAGUUGGACGUGAUAGCGUUUCUUGAUAUGCCACAGUGCCUUUAUGGCCAGUUUGAGUCCUGCCUACUUCAGUCUUUAUGUUCCCACUCCUCCUGUGUUGACAUUGCUUUCAUCUUGGAUAUUCUUUUUUUCUACUUUGUUAACCUAUUUUAUGCAUACUCAAUAAAAUGCUUACCAAGGGAAA